AUGACCGAUUCAGACAUGAACAGGUCGUUUUCGAUGAAGAGUGAGGAUUCGCAGGACGCUUCAGUGGACCCGAGCUUUGCCAACAAGUUUCGUCGAUUACGCGCGUGUGCGCGGUGCCAUCGACUUAAGAUGCGGUGCGUUUUCGAAGACCCAGGGUUCGAGAGUUGUACCAGGUGUUUUAAGGCCGAUCUUAAAUGCUCCAUGACAGAAGACCCGACUAUGGAAAAGGCGAAACCGCGUCCUCGCAAGAAGGUCAAGCUGAGGGGGUCCGGCCCGCUCACGGGGCUUCAGACUAGCAUGAACGAGGCCACCAAGUUAUUCCACACCUUACAGAGACAAAUUACUGAAACCAAAAACGUGAGCAUUGCAUCUCUAGAGAACCAGAAACUAGAAAUAUCCAAUCUGGACGAGAACCUCAACCCAAAGAGCCUUGCCCAAUUGCAGAAAGAGCUGAGCGAGCUCCAAAGGCUGCUGGCACACACCAUCAAUUUCAGCAAAGGGAUGAAUCUGACGUCUGACGAGACAAACGUUGCCUCGUCCGUCAAUUCGAUGAAAGACGGACCUGUUAAGAGCGUACCGAACCUGCCGUUCAUCCCGUACGAAAAUAACCUCAUGAAGGAGCUCAUCAAGCUGCGGAUCUUGUCCGAAGACGAGGCCCGCUCGAAAUUUGCGUUUUUCGUCAACGACGUGCUGUGCUACUGGCCCUGUGUGUCAAUUCCCGCCCAUUAUACGUUCGACUGGCUCAUAGAGAACGAGCCUUUGGUUCUGUUGGCGUUUGUGACCGUCACAUGCCUGAACGAGGCAGACUUGCACGAUACUCUUCUCUACUACCUCGACAACAAGCUGGCUUUACAAGUCGGGGUCAUUGGCGAUAUCUCGCCAAGCCUGAUCCAGGUAUACUUGGUGCUAUCGCUGUGGUGCUCCCCGCCUCGCAAAUGGGGCUCCUACAAACACCAAAUGAGUCUGCUGUCUGCACUGAAUCUCACGCUAUGCUUGGACCUGGGAAACGAGGCCCACCGAAUGGGUUCAAACGUUUUGGAGGACAGCUCCGAGGAACGCAAGAUCCUGCGCGCAUACAUUGGAGUUUACUCGUGCUGUUGUUCGCUCGGACUGUCUUUGCCGAGAUUCAAGGUGGUCAACUGGACAAACACCCACGAACGGUGCUGCCAGACACUGAUGAUGGGCGACGUGAACCGCAACGACCGGUUCUUGGCGUAUUACGCGCGGCUGGUGGCUGUGGGUGAAGAAAUCUUCCAGUUUUUGUGUCCGACAAUCGCUUCUCCGUCGCUCGCAACAAGACUCAAUUUACUUUUCAACGUCCAUAAGGACGUGAAGGAUGACAACUCGUUCCCCCACGAAAGCUUACGUACAAUGAUGAUCAAUUACGAGAAAAAGAUGCAGAAACUGGCUUCCGAAAGUGGCCUGCUAGCCUCAGAGUCGAAGGAGAAGAACCUGCUCUCUAUUAUUUAUUAUCAGCUUCUGAUGACCAUGUACGAUUACGUGGUUUGCAGAGUGCUGGUGCGCAAAGACAUCAUGACAGACGUUUAUCUACAGACGUUGACAAGACUGGUGAAGGCCAGCGAGAAGGUUGUGGAAUCGUUUGAGGCCGUGAGCCACCAGACUCCUAUUUUCCCCACCUUUUUCUACUACCGUCCAAUGCACGCUCUGGUUGCACUCAUUCGGGCACGUUUACUGGUCAAGUCCCAGGGACUCGAUCUGGAAGUCGACGUGGAGCGGCAGUACGAGCUGGUCAGCCAGUCUCUGGACCGCAUAGCUUCCAAGAGUAAAGUUGGGCAGAAAAUGCUCAUGAUCUUGACAAGAAUCAGCAAAUGGAUGCAGGUGUCCAACAAUUUCAACAGAGACGGAGCCACCAACUCCAUGGUGGACCUCCUGGAUGAGCUGGGCAAAGAGAAGGCCGUGGAGAAUAUCAGUGUCAACUUGCGAAAGAGAGAAGGAGACAACGGCAAUCUGAACCCGGACUCGCGAAUCCAGUUCAGCAGAUUCAUCAACUACAACGUCGAGAAUAUCUCUAACAAAAAUAGGAAAUACUCGUCAGCCAGCUCCAAAGCGAGCCGCAAGUCCAGUGCAACGUUUAUUCCGUCUCCAAUUGGAUACACUGGGAGCGAAGGAAACGAUUCUCCAAGCGUGUUGGUUGAUGGUCCAGCCAAAAUGCCAGACAAUCGCACCUCUUUCAGCGUGGACAACUCGUUGGAACACACCAACGGGUCUCAAAAUCUCUUGAACGAUAUCUUUUCGCAAAUCGACUCGGAUAUUCUCAACUUCAACGAAGUGCCUGUGAUCGAAAUGAUGCCCGACUCAGAGCUAAACUUCUUUGGCGGAGAGGACGGCUACGGAUUUUGGUAA